AUGUCAGGCGUCGAGGUCGUUGGGGUCGUGCUGGGUGCUAUCCCACUCGUAAUCUCCGCUUUGGAUUACUACAAGGUCACCAAGCAGAGUUUUCGCUCGAUCAGAAAUAAGGACAUUCUGUUAGAUCAGUUAAUUGAAUCCUUGAAGGAGCAAAGAUUCUUCUUCCAAACGGACAUCUGCUUGGCGCUGAAGAAGACUAAUCUGGAGGUGAAACAAAUCAUGGCCAUGAUCAAUGAUAGCGGGCUGAGCAGGUUCGACAAUCCCGAAAUAGCGGAAGCGCUUCAGGAAUACCUAGGGGAGGGUGCGACCCUCUACAUCAAUGCUAUCACUAGAUGUGAGGCCAUUCUCGGGGACAUCGUGGCCAACACUAGCGGUCUGAUCUCCUCCUCCCAGUGGAGCCAAGGGACCCUCUCCAAGCUCAUCCAAGACCAACCAAGGAAAAAUGGUAAAUUCGAGUCUACCAAGAGACUGAAGUUCGGCGUCCGAAUUGAAGAGCUGAAGCAGCAAAUUCGCAGUCUGGAAGAGUCUACGAGAUCGCUAAGCCGGCUGAGAGACGUUAGUGCCAAAAGGCAACAAAUCACCAGCAAAGCCAUGUCCAAAACUGUCACCAGGUUCACAACAGCUCUCAGUACAGUCCAAAGCUAUGCCCAGGCUCUGCUCUUUUUGCAAACAAGAUCUUCAGCAAUGGACACAAAGAAGCCUAAGAAGCCACCCAUCAGGUUCACUAUGUCAUUUUAUCUAUGCCAGUUUGUUCAGCGAGCCCACGAAAAUGGGAUGUCUGUUCAGCUCUACUUGUCGCGGAGUGGCAAAUUCAGCUACUUGAACCCCCCAUUCGGACCAGACUUAUCAGACAGAAAAGCCAACGACGAGGCAUUCAACGGCACCAUCACCCUGAAGGAGGUAUUUUCCCUGAUGCAGAAACAAGGCUCAGCGGUGUCCAAGCUAGAGGUAUACGAGAAAAUGGCCCUUGCAUUCAACAUAACCUCCUCGAUCCUGCAACUCCACUCGACCCCGUGGUUACAGGCCCCGCUGACUAGCUCCUCAAUACGGUUCGUGUCCGACUCAUCGAUGUUCUUCCACCUUGCUCAACCAUUUAUUGUGAGCACAUUCCCCGAUCAGGGGCUUAUCACAUCUCCAUGUACCGCAAAAGCCUCGAUGCUGGAACUGGGAAUAAUCCUGCUUGAGAUCUGGCACGUCAAAAGCUUGGAGCAAUAUGCCUUGGAGAUAGGUCGGAAGAUGGAUAACACCUAUGGGGCUCGUUACGAGAUAGCCAAGGUAUGGCUUGACUCGAGCGAUGAUAUUAUGCUCCCGUUCUUCCUGGAGUUGGUGACCCGGUGCGUCGAAUGCACAUUUGCUACAACAUCAGCAGCUCUGAAAUGGGUUGAUCCUAUGUUCAGGAAGUCGGUCUGUGAAUACGUUCUGCGGCCCUUGUGGGAGAAUUGCCCACGUAGCCUUCGAUAG